AGCACCUCCUGAGUGGACUCUUAUUACCAAGAAGGACCCAACUCUUGGCGUGGUCUGUGGCCAUUUGACAACUUUGCUACUCCUGAACGCAUCCCGCGCGCAACAUUUGUCACCUUGAUUUGCCUAACAAUCAAAAGUCGCCGCGCUUCUACACACCACGCUGCACCUUAAGCCGUACACGUCGACCUGAUCGGUCACUACGCACUGGAUUGACUUUCCCGUGGCGCCGGUGUCGCGGUAGAGAACAAAGUCAACGCGCGUCGCAGAAGCGAAUAAAACCCGUCUGAACAGCAUUUCGACGCUCGAUUCAUCCAACACUUGUGUUUUAAGACGACCACCCUCGAACUCGAUCCACCUCUCACUGAGCCACCUCGAUUGCUUGAAUUAUCACGGGCUCGCCAAGAUCACCUCGUUUGGCGGCUUGCUCGCUCGAGUCUUGCCACGAUGAGGCCUUUCGCCUUGUCGCUGUGGCUCGGCCUCACUCUGGUGAGCGCCGUAGCUGGCGUCGGAUCAGACCCGUCUACCGAACCUACAGUUUUCAACGACAAGACUGUCCCCCCGAUGAUGGAGCUGACACCAGAGAACUUUAAAGAGGAGAUCAAGGCUCAUAAGUUCAUAAUUGUUAAAAACUUCAGUCCAUACUGUCCUCACUGUCAGGAUUAUGCGCCCACCUUCCAGACUCUGUACGAGUUCUACUACACGUCCAAGCCCAAAGGCAGUACCUCCGACUUUACCAAGUAUUAUGACUUCCACUUUGCGAGCGUAAACUGCAUAGCAUACUUCGACUUGUGUCACGAAAAUGGCGUUGGCUCAUACCCUACUACUAUUCUCUACAAAAAUGGUGAGGCUGCAGAAACUUUCAAAGGUGUGAAGGAGAUGGAUCUUCUUAGUGAGACGAUUGAGAAGGCGCUGGAGGCUGCUAAACCUGGCAGCCGGCCCAAGAAAAUCUCUCUUCCGGAGCCUGGCGCCAAGUCUGCACCGGCGACCGAUACCGAUUCUUCGUCAUCUGAGAAGGCCACCACAAAGGAAACUACCAAGGAUGCAAAGGCUGCCGAUAAAGACGUUAAGCCCGCUUCGGGGGCUGAAAAGUCAACCACAACCGCAGAAGACAAGAAGGCCGAUGCGGACAAGACCAAAUCGAGCACUACUAAGACCGACGUUGCGGAGUGGUGGCCUGAGUUCACGCCGCCUGUCAGGAAGCCUGCGAAGCCUGUUGACCCGAACCCGAACGGUCUCUCAGUGUCCCUCACGGCUGAGACUUUCCAGUCUUUGGUGACGAUGACGCAGGAGCCUUGGCUUAUCAAGUUCUAUGCCCCUUGGUGCAGUCACUGUCGGGCGAUGGCGUCGAGCUGGCAACAGCUAGCCAAGGACAUGAAGGGCCGGCUCAACAUUGGCGAAGUCAACUGCGAUGUCGAGGCUCGCCUCUGCAAGGACGCUCCUCUGCGCGGCUACCCCACCAUUCUGUUCUUCAAGGGUGGCGAGCGUGUUGAGUACGAUGGUCUUCGCGGCCUGGGUGACUUGGUCCACUAUGCCGAGAAAGCCAUCGACAUCUCAAGCGGCGUACAAGACGUCGAUGCGGAGUCUUUCGAGGCCCUUGAAAAGAAGGAGGAGGUCAUAUUUGUUUACUUCUACGACCAUGCUACCACAAGCGAGGACUUCUUGGCCCUGGAGCGUCUUCCUCUCAACCUCAUUGGCAAGGCAAAGCUGGUCAGGACAAGAGAUCGCAGGCUUUAUGACAGGUUCAAGAUCACUACCUGGCCUCGUCUUUUGGUCUCUCGUGAGGGACGUCCCACUUACUACACGCCUCUGACCCCCGACAGGAUGCGCGACGUCAACCAGGUGCUGACGUGGAUGAAGUCCGUCUGGCUUCCUAUCGUGCCAGAGCUGACUGCAUCCAACGCUCGCGAGAUCAUGGAUGGAAGACUCGUUGUGCUUGCCAUCCUUGAUCGUCAGAACCAGGACUCGUACGCCAGCGCUAUCCGUGAAAUGAAGAGCGCCGCCAAUGAAUGGACGGAUAAGAUGAUUGUUGCCUUCCAGCAGGAGCGCAAGGAGCUGCGCGAUGCCAAGCAGCUUCGCGUCGAGGAGGCCGAGGACCGCGGCGAUCAGCGGGCUCUGCGGGCAGCCAAGGCCAUUAGGAUCAACAUGGAUAAGUCGGACCGCAAGGAGGUUGGCUUUGCUUGGGUCGACGGUGUGUUCUGGCAGAGGUGGAUCCGCACAACCUUUGGCGUCGAUGUCAAGGAUGGAGAGCGCGUCAUAAUCAACGAUGAGGAUAACCGCCGCUAUUGGGACCAGACCAUCACUGGAAACUACAUCUUGCCGUCUCGGACAUCCAUCCUCGAGACCAUCGGCCAGGUCACCAGGAAUCCUAACAAGAUCAAGCCCAAGUUGACCAUUUCGAGCUUCGAGAAGAUCUUCUUCGAUAUUCGCAUGACCUUCCAAGAACACCCGUACCUGACUGCUGGCUGCAUUCUCGGCUUGGCACUUGGUGGUGCUUCUUGGUUCCGUGGACGUCUUCGACGCAACCGUGGUCACUUCCGACUUGAUGACAGCAUGGGCAGGAAUGAGAUAAAAGCUCCUCUUCUUGGUGCCAACGCCAACGGCAAGGUGGACUAAAAAUAAAACAGCAGCAACGUCACUAUUCACGCAUUUGGGGGGCGAUCUGGGGAGGCAUCCUGGAUAUGAAGUUGGGAACCCUUUUUUUGUCCUUUUGUUGCUUUCUUUUCCUAUGUGCAGCGGAGUCCAACGACGAAUGGUUUGCAGGAUCCGGCAACGAGAGCCUCGGACGCCAUAUUCAAACCAAUUGAUAUGAAAUACGCUUGUAUAAUACUUCUCUCUGCAGUCCAUGUCAUAUAUCAUGCUGGCGACUCUGGCCCGGUUACAUUUUCUGGCCUGUUCAGCUUUUGCGUCCGGCUACGUUAACGCCGUGUCGUGCGGCUCUAGCCUGGAUUAUUAAUGGCCGGUGGGUAGUCAUAACCCGCCUGGGAAAUGGGCAAUCGCUUUUUCAAAGAGUCAGUUAACGAUAGCUUUGGGGUAGUCACUGGGCGCCUUUGAUUGCGUCAUUUAAUUUCUUGGGCACUGGGGUACUGAAUAGACUAUGUUCUCAUCUA